UAUAUUGUCAAGCCAAAAAAUGUAUUAUUGUGGAAUGACAUAGAGUGACAUUUACAUCAGCGCCGUAUAUCGGAUUAAUUUCGCUUAGCAAAGGGGGAAAUGUCGUACUCGCUCCUUUAUAAGUGUCCUUUUAUCCUACUAUUUAGUAUUUUAUAGAACUGUGUAUAAGGCAAUUUUGGUUAUACAUGAAGUUAAGAUUAUGAUUAAAGACUACCAUAUAUCAGAAGAAAAGAGUUUUAUAGGUUUCCUUUUAUGCAUCUCUUUAGUAUUUUCUACGCAUAGCAUUAUUUUGCAGGGUGUACAUGAACUUGCGAGUAUUAUUGGAUUGGUUAUAUAUUUCGUUCUUUGUUUUACAACAAUACCAUUGUCAUUGAGUAAAUUUUACCCCGAUUCUUGCUUUCAUAACUCUUGGUUUAACAAAUUGUAUCAUGCUACGGUGUGGAUAUUAUGCGAAAUGUGUUCCUAUUCAAUAAUUAUUUGUUUAUGGAUUGAAGGUGUGAAAUUAAACCGUAAAGACUACAUAUUACAACCCAUGUUGCUCAUUUCAGCCACCACAAUCGCUAUUUUAAGUAGUUUGAAUCACAUUCUAUUAAUUCAACAUCACAUUUUUAAGUCGAACAUUAAUGUGUACAUUUAUCUGGUUAAAUUAAUGCGUUUUGGUCUAUAUAUGACAUGGAUUAAUCUUAUUGCGAUAAACAUUUAUCCGGGUCUCAUGAUAUUCGAAUUGGUCCAAAUCGGUUUUAUGAGACUUUAUACGUGUUUCUUAGUUACUUACAUUUCCGAAACGAGCGCAUCUCAAAGUGAAACUGAACUUGUAAUCGUUUAUGCUACAUUCUCAAGCAUACCAUGGUAUAUUGCUUUCAUAAAGGGAAUUUUUUUUUCUUAUUGGCUGUUACCGCCAAAACCUGACCCAGAACUUGAAUCGACACUUUUGUAUGUAUAUGGAUUUUUAUGGUUUUGUUUUGUGCGCUUCUCUUAUAUGAAUAAUACAGUAAGGCAUAUUGAAGACAUUCUCGAAGACUUCGAGGACGAAUUUACGCUUGAGGAUUUUAUGGAAUAUUUUCAAAUAGACGAAGCUUAUUGUAAACAUUCAAAGUAUAUUCAAUUGUAGUCGCUUCAGAAACGCGAAUUUCAUCGUAUAUUUGUCGUGAGGUGAUCAGUGUUGAAGACGUAAAGUGUACAUGAACAAUUCCAUUUAUUUCGGAAAAUGGUAUAUUUUGCUCUCGAUGGCUUCAGAAAUUAUCUCUAUGUUAUGCUAACAAAAAAAUACAAAAUGAUGGAAUCUGUAUUUGUUUCGGUUUAAAUAGGAAUUUUAUUUGUAAACAUUUUAAAAUCAUAAUAAAUUGAACAUAAUGCUGCGUUAAAUGAGCAUAACCAUACGAAUA